AUGCUGAUGGACGUGGACAAUGUGCUCGACGAGCGGAUUGACCCCUUCGAGUUGGAGAGAUUCCGCGAUGCCUACGAAAGUGAGUGCAAGGCCGGAGCCCCGUCACUUGGCACGACGUUCUGCUUCGCGCACGGGUUGAUCAGGUCGACGAAGAGCGACGUGCAGGAGGGCGUUCGGAUACUCGAAGAUCUCGUCCGGAAAGAGCCUGAUGAGCUACCAAAGCGCGACUACGUCUACUACCUCUCCAUCGCCAACGCCAGGAUGAAGGACUACGAUCGCGCAAUCGCCUAUCUGGACGUGCUACUCGCCGCUGAGUCUCAUAAUCGCCAAGCACGAGAGCUUCGAGCCUUGAUUGAGAAGAAGAUGAAAAAGGAAGGCCUCAUCGGGGCGGCGGUCAUCGGCGGCGGCGCUGUGCUGAUCGGCGGCAUCCUGGCGGCCGUAUUCGCCGCAGCCAGACGU